AUGUCUUCGAAACUCUUCCAUUCGACUCAAGUGGGAGCUGUAUCACUCGAACAUCGUGUCGUCUUGGCCCCCAUGACUCGCCUAAAGGCUACGGAAAGCCAUGUUCCUCAUAUACCCCUCGUUAGAGUGUACUACGAGCAACGGUCCCAUACACCUGGAACCCUACUGAUAACAGAGGCUACAGUCAUCGCUGCAAAGGCCGGGGGGAUUGCCCACACACCCGGUAUAUGGAGUCAAGAGCAAAUUGGUGCUUGGAGACAGAUUACGGAUGGUGUUCACGCGAAGGGUUCGUUUAUCUUUUGUCAGCUAUGGGCUUUGGGACGCGCAGCUGAUCCCAAAGUUCUCGUGGGAGAAGACCCUACUUUCCCAUACAUCUCCGCAUCCGACAUUCCCGUUCCCGGUCGCUCCGAUGUUCCCCGACCAAUGAGAGUAGAUGAGAUUAAAGAAUACAUAGAGCUACACGUCCAGGCUGCGUUGAACGCAGUGGCAGCUGGGUUUGAUGGUGUUGAGAUACAUGGGGCUAAUGGUUACCUACUCGACCAAUUCAUACAGGACGUGACGAAUCAACGGACUGAUGCAUACGGCGGCGGUAUUGAAAACCGGGCAAGGUUUCCCUUGGAGAUCGUCGAUGGAGUGGUAAAAGCCAUUGGUGCAGAGCGGACUGGAUACCGUGCCAGUCCCUGGAGUUAUAUCGAAGGUAUGGGCAUGAAAGACCCCAAACCAACUUUCGCGUAUCUUGUGUCUGAGAUCAAAGCACGUCAUCCGAACUUUGCUUACAUCCACGUUAUUGAACCGCGUGUGAAUGGAACAAGGCUUCGGAGGGAGGGGGAGCUCACUUCGCGGAUGAAGAAUGAUUUCAUACGGGACAUCUGGGCCCCGCUGCCUCUCAUAUCGGCUGGCGGGUAUGAACGCGUCACCGCUAUUACAACCGCCGAUGAGAAGAAUGAUAUAAUUGCUUUCGGAAAGCAUUUCCUUGCCAAUCCUGACCUGGUAUACCGGCUAAAGAAGGAUAUACCUCUUAAUGCAUAUGAUAGAUCGACUUUCUAUGUACCAGGGAACGUUGCCAAGGGAUACACGGACUACACUUUUGCGGGGGAAGCGCCCAAGUCCCCGUUGUAAAGAACGGAGACGAUUCACAUGCUCUUCCGCAUGGUUGGUCGCAAAUGGUGUCGGGAAGACCGCGCAGGUGGUAGUUCUGUUGGCCCGAACUGUAUGCAUCGACGUUCAACUUUCCGCGCCUUACAGCUCGAUAAGAUGGUGAGCUUAGAAUAUAGAAAAUUCCAGAGGAAUGAUGGGAUAUUGUCUACUUGCUAUCUGCUUUGCGUCAGCUACAACGAUUCAGCCAAGUUUCAAUAUAACUCUUCAUUUUCAUAUAAUUUUGAAAUGUACGCUUGAAGUCGUGGGAGAAAUACGUAUUAUGCGGAACCAUAAUG